CAGCUAGCCAAAUAAUAAUUUGCCGGUUUUGACAUUUUGCAUAUAUAAAAUCACCUUUUCUGUCAAAACUGAAGGAAAUGAUCCCAUCAAUGAUGGAAAUUGAGAGUGGAGCUGAUUACGUGGAUCAACUUUUUGGCCCCGAAUCUGAGAAGUGGCAUAAAGCUAUUGUUGACAUGAAAAAUGCAGUGAUUGGUAACAACAAACAGAAGUCUUAUCUGAUGACUUUGGGGGUUGUUCCAAGGUUAUUGCAGUUGAUGAUCGAGGAGAAGAGUGGUCCAGAGAUGAUGACAGAGUCGGCCGUUGUGCUGGGAAGUCUAGCUAAAGGCACAGAGGAGAACGUGCAGGGUCUCAUAGAUACUGGCUGUGUCUCCGUGCUCCUGAAAGGUCUCUCUCACAACAACCUCAAGUAUGUCGAAGCGUGUUUGCGGUGUUUGAGGACCAUAUUUCUGAGCCCAUCAGCUCCAGUCACUGCCAUCUAUCAGGACCCGCUGGUGAUUCCCCUCCUAAUCUCAAUCAUUCCGAGGUCCAUCACUACCCAGGAGUGCAUCACCAGCAUCUUAGCCAACUGUUGCUCGACGGAGACUCACCAGGCGAUCCUCUGCAGUAAUGGCCUCGUGCUGGCGUUGGCUCCGCUGCUCUGCAGCAACAUUUACAGAGUUCAGAUGCCGUCACUCAAGUGCUUGGCUGGUCUGUGUCUGCAAAACCAGCAGGUGGCAAUGGCCAUCGUAUCAGCCAAUUACAAAGGUGAAACCAUCCCCACGAUGCUCGUCAAGCUCCUGGCAAGGGAUAAGACGUCAGAGAUGCAGAUGUCGGCCGCAAAAUGCCUGACAUAUCUGUGUCGAGCAUCUAUCCUGGAUCCACAAGACCCUGUCAUCAUGUUGAAGACACUCCCGACUCUGAUCCGAAUGUGUAAGAAGGACAAGCCAGUGAGCGAGAGAAUUGAGGGUGCAGAAACGCUGGCAUAUCUCAUCGAAGUCAACACGGAGUUACAGCAGAUCGCCAGCAUGUCAGACCACAUCAUCUCGACGUUGUCGGAUUACUUCAAGUACGGAGGAGCGGCCUUGAAUAACAACCUCCACAAUGGUGAUGCUCUGCUGAAGAAGGACAAGGAGGAUCAGAACAUUGAUGGAAUGCGUCAAGCAGCCUUCCGGGCGUUCGCAUCUCUGGGGGCAAAUGAUGAAGAAAUUAGGAAAAAAAUAAUAGAAACUGAGAACAUGAUGGAACACAUAUUGAACGGCCUGAAUAGUCCGACGGUCAAAGUUCAGCUUGCGUCCGUGCGAUGUUUACACAGUCUCUCUCGGUCAGUGCAGCAGCUUCGCACAAGUUUUUCCGAUCACACAGUAUGGAAGCCUCUCAUGAAGCUGCUCAACAAUGCUCCUGAUGAGAUUCUGACGGUGGCUUCUUCAACGUUAUGUAACCUCCUCCUCGAGUUCUCGCCAAGCAAGGAGCCGAUCUUGGAACAGGGCGCCGUCGACCUUCUUGUUGGUCUCACCAAACGAGAUAACGCUGCGCUCAGAUUGAAUGGGAUAUGGGCGCUCAUGAAUAUGGCCUUCCAAGCAGAGCAAAAAAUCAAAAGUCAAAUCCUAUAUUCGUUGGGGACGGAACAGCUAUUCCGGUUACUCUCGGACCAGGAUGUUCAGGUGCUCAUGAAGACACUAGGCCUGCUGAGGAAUCUACUGUCUAAUAAACCACACAUAGACUACAUCAUGAAUAUGCACGGCAGUCAAAUAAUCCAGGCUGUGAUACUAAUCCUGGAGGGCGACCAUCCAGUUGAGGUGAAAGAACAGAUUUUGUGUAUAUUAGCAAAUGUAGCAGACGGUGACUCAGCCAAAGAUUUCAUCAUGAGUAAUGAGGAUGUGUUAAAAAAAUUAAUGAAUUAUAUGAUACAUGCAAACGUCAAGUUACAAACAGCCGCCACGUUUUGUGUCUCAAAUUUAAUAUGGAAUGAAGAAGAAGAUCUUGAUCUAUUUUCAGGUGCUAUGGAACGACAAGCAAAAUUACGCGAGAUGGGCGUUCAAAAAUUAUUACAGCAGUUAUUAAGUACGAACGAUACAACGUUAUUUGACAAAGUAAAGACAGCUUUACAGCAGUUCAACUGAGACACAUGCAACCACUCUGGAGCUUUCAUCCUGUGAAAUUCGUGUGAAACUCGAUAAACUAUGGAUCAAAGUCUGUGCUAUUUGUAAAGGGACCUUCUGUGCUUGUACAUAAGUGCUAAUACAUGUAUGAAAGUUGGUGUGCGUCCGUGGGCCCUGGAGCGCAAACUACUGGUAGGGUGAGAAAAUAGAAGUUUAAUAAAGUUGUGGCUGAUCAAAUCCGUUACGUCAGCAACUGCUGGUGUUAUUGCGACAUUUGUCAGGGCCUUGAAAAGAUACACGCCUUGUUGGGUCAUCUGCCGGGAUCUAUCGGAAGAGGUCAAGUGCCUAUUUUCUAAAAAAUGGAUUGUUCUCAACAAAUGGAAGACAUGCAGUGAUCAAUUGUGGCACUGUCUUUUGCUGUUGGCAAAGAUUUUGAGGAAUGAAAUAUUCAAUGUGAAAU